AUGGUCGCUCACCUCCUACCACCAGUACAUGCAAGUCUGUCAUUGCGAUUGCUGGACUGUUCCUCAUGUGCUCUCAUACAUACCUUGCAGCAGAAACGAAUAACAGUUCCUUCUCAAAGCCUCGCACAAUUUGCCUUGGAUAUUCUCACAGGUGCUGUUGUUGUGGGAGGCGCAACAGAAGUUUUGGUUCCCUUUUCACUUUUGAAGUAUGUGCAUGACUUUUUUAAGUCCACAUCCGCUGAUCGACAGCGACGAGAGGCAUGGGAUACACUGGCGAUGGAUGAUCGUCUGGUGAUUCUUACGGCCCCACGUGAUGUGCCUCGUCUUAUAGCGGAGUUUCCUCGUUACACACAAGUUUGUAUGUGUGUUCCAACUGGUCCACUAUGCUCGCGGAUGCUCUUUGACCACACCCCGCUGGAGACCUUUUUCUCGGAGCAUCUAACGCCGGCGAUGACGGCGUUGUCUGAAGCCUCGCCGCGGGAGUACCGCUGCACCGCGUGGCUUCGCUCCUCCCUCUCGUGCCGCUUCGAGGGGCCGCAUGUGCCGGCGGUGCGGGUGGCGGAGACGGCGGCGCGGCUGCUCGGCGGGGCCCACGGCUGCUGCUGCGAGCGGGUGGUGUACGAAGAGGGCGUCGCCGGCGUGACGCCGCGGGCGGUGGAGACGGCAGUGGCAGCGGCGGCGGCGUGCGGCGUGGGGGCGGGGCGGAUGGUCCUCGCCGUCUGCCGCGGAGGGGCCGCCGGAGACCUCGUCGCCCGCGCCGUGGGGGUGGGGAGCGGAGGGGCGGCGGUCUGCGCAGCGCCAGCCCCGCUCUUCCCGCACUCCGAGGAACUGAUGGGGCCCAGCGAUGUGCUGAAGCUUGCCUGUGGGUGGAAUGAUGUCAGCGGGCAGCUCAGCGAUGAGGAGUUGGCAUCCCUCGAGGACUCCAUCGAGUACUCCACUACACUCGCCAUGGAGUGGGAGGCAUGGCUGAAGCGAUGGGGAAAAGAGACAAACCCCUCUCCUUGA